AUGCGACACCAAGUCCCGUAUAUACCUAUGUUCGGCGCAACAGAUCUGCACCUGUCGCGAAAUCCAGCAGUCCCGAGCAGUGGUGACGCCAAGGCCGAGCCCAGUCACGUGCCGUUCAACUCUCACAGCAGUCAGCACUGCUCCGACAGCCAACCCAAGUCGCAAUACCCCCCACAACCUCUCAACAACGCUCCCUCAGAAAUGCCAUCACCGCCACCCCGCCCCAACUCCCGCUCUCGCUCCCCCCACCGCAGCCGCUCGCGCUCCCGCAGCCCCCGCCGCGACCGCGAAGGAGACGCCAGACCAGCGAAACGCUCCCAACGCGGCGGAGGAGGAGGAGGAUUCCGGUGGAAAGAAAAGCCACGUCGGGACGAGGAACCUAGAAACGAGGAUGACGGCAGAGACGGACGGCUGAAUCGGGGAUAUAGGCGUGAACGGUCGCCGUAUCGGGGCAGGGAUCGCGAUCGAGAGAGGGAGAGGGAGAGGGAUGAGGAUGGGGGACGGAGAGGCGGGGAGGAGCGGGGCGCUAGGUAUUGGAAUGGAAGAGACGAACGGGAAAGGGAUAGGCAGGAUGAGAGGAGAGAUGGGGCGAGGAAGACUGACGGCGAUAGGCCUGAGCGGAAGGAAGGAAAAGGGAAAAAGAGGAGCGAGGAGAAGAAGCCUGCGCAACCUGCGCCCGCCGCGGCGUCAGGCGAGCCGAUGAUCAUUGUGUAUGUGAACGACCGGCUGGGUACGAAGGCGGCGAUUCCGUGUCUGGCGAGUGAUCCGAUAAAACUCUUCAAAGCCCAGGUCGCCGGCCGCAUCGGACGCCAGCCGCACGAGAUCAUGCUCAAGAGGCAGGGCGAGCGGCCAUUCAAGGAUCAGCUGACGCUGGAGGACUACGGUGUCAGCAACGGUGUGCAGCUUGACCUGGAAUUGGACACUGGAGACUGA